GACAAAACAAAACAUCCAAUCCCGAGUAGGACCGGACCACCCAGGAAUCAAAGAGUGAAUGAGUGAGUAGAGUUUGUUGAUCACGCCCCGGGUUCAGACGUUUACAGUAGUUCCAGUCAUGUACGCCCAUUAUAUGAGCAUCUGAGCAGCAGCCGGUCACUUCCCCUACACACACACACACACACACACACACACACACACUCACAAACACUUCUCAUGAGAGCUGCAUCAUUUGUCUUGGCCAGCUAGAGCCUUUCUCGUUACUACAAACCAUAAAGGCUUGCCACCCUGGACGCGUGAUGAUGUUUGACAGCUCGCAAUAUCCUUAUAACUGUUUUAACUAUGAUGGAGAAGGAUACCCCUCAUGUGGCACUGAUGAAGAGAAGAAAGUGUGUCGACCAGCUUACAGUUACAUUGCACUAAUAGCAAUGGCCAUACAGCAGAGCCCAGAGAACAAAGUUACCCUAUCAGGAAUCUACGAGUUCAUCAUGAAGAGAUUUCCUUAUUACAGAUCCAACCAGAGGGCUUGGCAAAACUCAAUUCGUCAUAACCUCUCUCUAAACAGCUGCUUUAUAAAGGUGCCCCGUACAGAAGGUAACGAGAAAGGAAAAGGUAAUUACUGGACAUUCGCCACGGGCUGCGAGUCCAUGCUGGACCUCUUUGAAAACGGCAACUUUCGUCGCCGCCGCCGCAGACGCAACUUAAAAAUGGGCCUGAAGGAGCCAGCCGAACCCUUUGUUGCCAUGGACACUCAUCAGGGCAUUGCAGUAAGACCCACGGAUUCAGAUUCUUUCUGUCCUGUGAACGCUAGUCGCGGACCGGCUCAAAACAACCCGCCUCUCAGCAAACCCGAGCCCGAGAUCAAAUUCAGCAUUGACUACAUUCUCUCCACGCCGGACCCUCUGCCCGGGUUCAGAGCCCCUAACGGUGCAGCUGGAGCUGUGAUCCACCAUCUGGAGCCACAACAUCUCAAUCUACACUUCUGGACCAUGUAACCAAAACGCAGAUCAGUAAAUACCCUGAUGUUAAAACAGUCAGUGCUCAGUCUUUCCCAUAAUGCAAAUCGGCUUGUCAGUAGGCACAUGCAGUUUGUUGCGUGCUAGUGCUCCCGUCAGUAAGUCUGCUGUCGCUCAUGUUAGCAAAGCUAAAAAUAUACAUAGUGACUUAGAAGUAUAAUACUAUUUAAUGAUAAUGAUAAUAAUUUGAGGAGAUAUAUAUAUAUACACAUAAUAAUGCUCUCUUUGUAAAGGUACAAUGCACAUUUUUUAAUAUAAAACCUAAAAUGUGUUUUUAUGUCACUAUUAAUGAGGACAGUAUGAUGAACAUCUGUCUUUAAAUUUCCACUUUAGCACAAUCAAGUACACUUCAGUAUAUCUUUAGUUGGAUUCAGCACUACUUCCUGCUCAGUGAAAGUGCAUUAAGUACAAAACGAAUUGUUCCAUGCAGACUUUAAGUGUACCAGUACACCAAACGUAAAAAUCGCAGGGUAUUAUUAUUAAGCACAUAAAUAUGUAAAUGUAUUUGUAGUAUACUUAGUAUGACAUAAAUGUAUUUCAAAUACAUUUUAGUGUAUUUAUUUUCCACUAGGGUAGACAGUUGAUUUUGAUGAAAAUCAAUCAUAUUUUUUAAUGUCAAACAUACUGUAGGCAAUACUUUAGAAUAAGUCUCCAUUAGUUAACAUUAAAUAAUAACAAAUAAUUUAUUCUUAAAUAAUGUUAAACGUAUUAAUGAAAUUAGUGCUGUCAAAAAAUGAAUCUCAUCUAA